AUGGUCUUGACAUAUCCCAUGAAUUCCUCUUACAGGCCAGGCCAACUGUCAGUCGACACCUCUGCUGGCCACCUCACGCAAAAAUAUUUUGACGAGGACGACAGUAUACUUGACGACGCCGUCCUGGACCACAACGCCAUCGACUCUGGCCUUGAGAUGUCCCCGCCCAUGGUCGACAGCCGGAGAGACUCGUUUGUUCUUGGUUCCACAUUCUUCUCGCCCAAGCAGGAGGAUUGGCAGCCCGUCGAGAUGCAAUCGAUGCCAUCCGUCAACCCAUUUGAAGCCAGCACCAAUCCAUUUCUGCGGAUGGAUCACCAGCAGCAUCAGCAGCAGCAUCAGCAGCAGGCUCAACAGCAGGCUCAACAGCAGGCUCAGCAGCAUCAGCAGCAACAGCAACAGCAACAACACGCCAUGGGCCUUGGUUCUUGGCCCAUGACGGCCAGCACGAGCGCUGCUUCGGGUGUUGCUACUCCUGUUGCCCACUUUGACGGGCUGCCCGCCGAGAUGGACAACAGCGCCUCGGUUUUCCAGCGCGGCUCGCUUCAGACGCCUUUCCCGACCAUGGGUGGCAGUCUCUUCCAGACCAUGCCCGGCAUGUCUGGUAUGCCCACGGCGGCAAACAUGGUGCCGACCACAACCUCCGCUGGUUCGGUUCCCAUGCAGGCCAGCUCCAGCAACGACAGUGUCGAUACACAGUCUGCCACGCUCCUGAGAAUCCCGCCGCAGAGCCCGAUGAUGCGCUCGCACAACGACAUGCGCCGUGGCGAUGGUGUCCGCAAGAAGAAUUCUCGCUUCGACAUCCCGUCGGACCGUAACCUGAACAACAUCGACUAUCUCAUCUCGAAGUCGAAGGACGAGCAGGAGAUCAAGGAGCUGAAGCAGCAGAAGCGUCUUCUCCGCAACAGACAAGCUGCCCUUGAUUCUAGACAACGCAAAAAGAUGCACACGGAGCGGCUUGAGGACGAAAAGAAGCAGUACACCAACCACAUCAACAAUUUGGAGCAUGAAAUUGAGACUCUCCGCUUGCAGGUGUCGGAGCUGCAGAUGGAGAAGCAGAGCGUCAACCAGUACAUCGAGAACAUGAACAUGGACAAGGAGGAGAUGAUUCGCCAGCACACCAUCGAGACGGCCGAUCUGCGCAAGAAGAUUAGCGUCCUCUCCAACCACGUCCAGGUUCUCGAGGGCUCGGCCACUCAGGUGUCGGGCUACACCAACGCUGGCGUUGGUGCCUCGACCAUGGGCCACUUUGGUGGCAUGGACAGCCUCACCAUGGAUGAUGCUACGGACUCGUGGGAGCAGUUGUUCCCGGGCAUGUCAAGUGUUGGGCAGCCGCAGCAGCCUGAGCACCAGCAGCACCAGCACGUUGUCGAGGUCAAGGCCGACCCCGAGCCGACCAAGACCAACAACGCUGAGGCUGUUGGCUCCGUCUUGGCCUCGACCGAAAAGUCGGGCUCCCAGGGUGGUCUCCUCUUCAUGCUCUUCCUUGUCGGCGCCUUUGUCAUGUCGAGCCGCCAGAUGCCCAGCAUACCGCAAGUGUCGGACGAGAUGCGCGUCGCCUCGGCUGAGCUCCUGGAGAACGUCCUCAAGGAUGCCAGCGAGAAUGCGGCCAGCGUCAGCGCCCCAGCCACUGCCGCCAUCCCUUCGUCUUCGGUCAACGCCAAUGUCGCUGCGCCCUCUGCUUCGUCGUGGGCCCAGCCGGCAACGGUCGAGCCGUCCAUGCUCGGUCAACUCUCCGACCAGCUCAUGCAGCCGACCGAAGACCAGGCCAACGAGCAGCUGUUCUCACUGAAUGCCGCACAGUACAGCGGCGUUGUGAGCUACCAGCAUCCUCCCACGGCCGAGAGCGCUGCGGUCCCCUCGUCUGCCCCCACCAACCAAGGCCGCCGCAACCUUGCUGACGCCCUUGCCGCUGUGCGCAGCAACAGCAAGGCCGAGGUCUACACCCGGUCGCUCCUGUGGGACCAGAUCCCAAGCGACGUGGUGCGGUCUUUUGUCAAGAUGGUCUCCGAGGUGAACACGGCGUCCCCCGGUGCUGAUGGCGAGCAGUAA